AUGGGAAAGAAACCUCACACAUGUGAGGAAUGUGGGAAGGACUUCAGCCGUAGCUCCAACCUGUCCAUCCAUCGGCGAAUACACACAGGUGAGAAGCCCUACAGAUGUGGUGUGUGCGGGAAGGACUUCAGCCGCAGGUCCAACCUCUCUAUCCACCAGCGCAUCCACACAGGUGAGAAACCCUUCAGGUGCUCUGACUGUGGCAAGAACUUCAGCCGCAGGGCAGCCCUGCAGAUCCACCAGAGUGUCCACACAGGAAGGAAGCCCCAUGCCUGUAAGGUAUGUGACCGGGGCUUCACCUCACGCUCUAUGCUGGCACGACACCAGCAGGACCACGCAGGAGACAAGGCCUAUGUGUGUGACACAUGUGGCCGGGGCUUCAGCCAGAGAGCCAGCUUCUAUCUGCACCAGCGUGUUCACACUGGGGAGAGGCCGUUCCGGUGCGAGGCCUGUGGAAAGUGCUUCAGCUGGAGCAAGGACCUGGGUAUCCACCAGAGGGUCCACACGGGAGAGCGGCCCUACAGGUGUGAGGCUUGUGGGAGGGACUUCAGGCAUCGCUCGGCCCUCAAGAGGCACCAGAGGGUGCACACAGGGGAGAAGCCCUACCCCUGUGCUGUGUGUGGGAAGGGCUUCAGUCAGAGAGUCCACCUGCAGACGCACCAGAAAGUGCACUGUAGGGAGAGGCUUCCAGGAUUGGGCUCUGCACGUGCAGGUGCCUUACACGGCCAGGGCGAAUGCCAGGGCAUGGGUGCUGAGGUGCACAACAUGGAUCAGGCUUAA